CGCAAACCCAUGCGGAUAUAGCGCUCUGUAAAAUGGCGGCGUGAAGAGGCUCGUUCAAAAACACAGAGCGGUGUUACCUGUUAAGGUGUUCAGCCAGACGCUACCUGGAGCUCUCAGAGAGUCGUGCAAAGGCAGAGAACGGAAUUUACAUUACAGAGAAGAGAGCCGGUGGGAUGGCGAAGAGGAUCGCUGAUAAGGAGCUCACGGACAGGAACUGGGAUCAGGAGGAGGAGGGUGAGGAGGCGGGGACGUUUUCAGUAGCAAGUGAAGAUGUACUGAAGAAUCGAGCGAUUAAGAAGGCCAAACGCAGAAACACUGGAGCCGAGAGUGAGGCCGGAGGAGCGUUCAAAGGCUUUAAAGGCUUCUCUUUGACCGCGUCAGCAGCGAGUGGCGGCUCGACUCCAGCCGUGUUCUCCGGGUUCGGGAACAGUGUAGGAUUCAAAGGCCUCGGUGGUCUGACGAACGGGAACAGCGUCACGCCUUCAUUUGGCGGUUUUUCCUCUCCUCCAGCACCCUCGACUGCACCCGGUCUGACCUUUAAUGGGCCAUCCUCAACCAAACCCACUGCUGACAUCACCAAGCAGACCAAUGGCUCCGCCCCCAGCACAUCUCCGAGCUCCAGCAGUAGCAACAAGGAAUACAGCCGGCAGCUCACUGCACUCAACUACUCCGUGCGGGACUGGAUCACCAAGCACGUGAACGACAACCCGCUGUGUGACCUCAACCCCAUCUUCAGGGACUAUGAGCGCCACCUGGCCAGCAUCGAGCGGCAGUAUGGCGCCGGUUCAGCUGAUGGAGGCUCCGAGGAGAAGAAGCAGGGAGGGAUGCUGCCAGCCACAGCCACCUCUCUUCCUCCUCCAUCUUCUGGCAGCAGCUCAGCGGCUCCAGCUGCCACCACCGCCGCUUUGUUCUCCUUCACCAAAAGCACGACAGACGACUCAACUCGGGAGAAAAGCUCCACCGCCACUCCGAUCCCCGCUGGUGUCACAUUUAACUUCAGGCAGAAGGUGGACAGCUCGGUUCUGGGCACCUUAGGAUCAAAAUCAACUCCCCCCAGCUUCUCCUUCUCCUCCUCCUCCUCCUCCUCCAGUCAGACCUCCCUGUUUGGAGCUCCAGGAUCAGCUGCUCCGCUGUCCUUCAGCGGAGCGAAAGGCGAGGACAGUCAGCCCACAGACGAGAACGGUGACGAGGAGUCGGAGGAGCCGCCCAAACCGGAGGUCAAAGAGGUCAAAGAGGACGACGCUUUCUACUCCAAGAAGUGUAAAAUGUUCUACAAGAAGGAUUCAGAGUUCAAAGACAAAGGAGUGGGAACGCUGCACCUCAAACAGACAACCGACGGGAAAACGCAGAUGAUCAUCCGAGCUGACACCAACCUGGGAAACAUCCUGCUGAACAUCAUCGUGCCGUCGACCAUGCCGUGCUCUCGGGUCGGGAAGAACAACGUGAUGGUGGUCUGCGCGCCGAACCCGCCCAUUGAUGACAAGAACCCCACCACCCCCGUCACCCUCCUGAUCCGGGUCAAAACUGCAGAGGACGCCGACGAGCUCCACAAGAUCCUGGAGGAGAAGAAAGCCUGAACUGAGCCCACGCCUGCCUCCCACGAGGUGUGAGCAGACUCCUCGUGGUCAUUCUCAGACCCACCCACCCCCCCGGGACUCACCGACCUCAUCGCGCCGGUUUAUUCGCACACCCCGUCGUUUCCUUGUCUGAUCACAACGAAUUGGUCGUCAAACUGUGAAUCGUUUUUUGAAUCAUAACAAUCGAAGCAGGUUGUUGCCUACAUUCCCUCCGGUUCAUCGCCGCCGCUGCUGUUAGAGACUCGUAGUGCUUCAGUUUUACGGUUUGAAUCUGUCGAGUGACUGAACGCGUGACUUCCUGAGUAGUUUUGGGGGAAAGCUCCAAAUAACGGGCCAGUCGAUUUGGUUUUACAAAUUAAAUACCUGCAGUAACAGUUUGUUUUUUAGAGUGCGUCUGCUGAGUGUUUUUGUUGUUUUGCUCUGGAAACUAUUUAUUGUGUCGGCAGGGUUUCUACUCGGAGUGAAUGUUCCCCGGAGAGCGCGGCGGUUUAUUCUCUGUAAACACAGACUGUCGUUUUCCAAGUGUCCUUUGUGUGGCCUUCAGCUCGGCCUUCGAGAUGCUGUCAUCGUCUGAGAACAUUUGUAAAGACAUUUAUCGGAGAAUAAAAGGAAACGAAACGAGAA